AUGGUUGCAAAAUUUCAGCCAUCUGCAAUUCUUUUUCUAUUAUUUCUAUUCAUCAUUUCUUCAAUUCCUCCAUCGUCUUGUCAAUCCAAUUAUCCUCAAAACAUCGAAACCCGAUAUCCAUAUUCUCCUCCUCCGGCUCCUCCUCCAGCUGAUGACCGGCCUAUUAGUCCUCCACCAAUACCAAAUCCAGUGCCAUCACAACCAGCUACACUGCCAGGAAAAUCAUCAUCGAAAAAGGCUGUUGCAAAAGCAGUGGCUGCUACUGCUGCUAGCACUCUUGUUAUUUCAGGGCUUCUUUUCUUCAUACUCCUAAGGCGCUCACGUCAGAAGAGGGAAAGAACUGAAGUCAAUCCCUAUGCUGACAAUCCUGUGGUGCCUCGGCCUCAAAAUGAUUUUACGCGAUUUAACGGUAAUCUUAAGGGGGUGAUUGUUGAUGAGAAUGGAUUGGAUGUACUUUAUUGGAGAAAUUUAGAAAGGGGAGACAGGAAAAGAAGCUUCAAAAAACAGGUCUUUCAGAACUUAAAAUAUGAUCAAGAAAAUGAAGAAGAAAAAAGAAUCGUCAUUGGAGAUGAUAGAAACAGGAAAUAUGAGUCACCUAUUCAUGAAACUCCAUUGCUUAGAGGAAAAUCUUCAACCUCUCAGAGUUCUGUUUGGAUAGACAAGGAUGAUCCAAAAAUAAAGAAAACACCUACACUUUCAUCCGGAAUAGCUGCACCACCAGUACCAAGGCCUCUGCAAAUAAAUAUUGAGGCAGUUCCGACGGCAGAAAUGACUGCACCGCAACCUCCUCCUCUGGUUCCAUCAAAUAUACGUCCUUCUCCACCUCCACCUCCACCUCCACCUCCGGUUUCAUCAAAUUUACGUCCUUCUCCACAACCACCACCUCCUCCAGUUCCAUCAAAUUUACGUCCUUCUCCACCAGCACCAGCACCGCCUGAAGCAAGUGGCAUGGUUUCAACAUUGAAACCUCCGGCGCCGAAGGGGAUGCCUAGUGACAGUAAGCGCUUGGCCUCAUUGGGAGAAGGCACGUCGAGCAAUGGGAAUGGAAAGAUGAAACUUAAGCCCUUGCACUGGGAUAAGGUGAAUCCAAAUAUGGAACAUUCCAUGGUGUGGGAUAAAAUUGAUCAAGGCUCAUUCAAGUUUGAUGCUGAUCUUAUGGAAGCUCUAUUUGGAUAUGUUGCCACCAAUCGAAAAUCUCCUCGACAAGGCAGUAAUUCGACAAGCCCAAGAGGGGAUAGAUCUGGUCCAGCCCCCCGGAUUUUCAUUCUCGACACCAGAAAGUCCCAAAACACAGCAAUUGUACUCAAAUCACUAGGCGUUUUGCACAAAGAAAUCGUGGAUGCCCUUGUCAAGGGAGACGGCCUAAAUGCAGAUACUCUUGAAAAGCUCACAAAAAUAUCUCCGACAGCAGAAGAAACAUCUGAAAUCCUCGCGUUUGAUGGAGAUCCAACGAGACUUGCUGAUGCAGAAUCCUUCCUCUACCACCUCCUCAAAGCUUUUCCAUCAGCCUUUACUCAUUUUAACGCCAUGCUUUUCAGAUUAAACUAUUCCACAGAGAUUUCGAGCCUCAAAGAAUCGGUAAAAUCACUGGAAUCAGCUUGCGCCGAGCUUAGAACUCGAGGGCUCUUCUUGAAACUCUUGGAAGCAGUGCUUAAGGCCGGGAAUCGCUUGAAUGCAGGGACAUCAAGAGGAAAUGCACAAGCGUUCAACCUCACAGCUCUUAGAAAACUAUCCGAUGUCAAAAGCAGUGAUGGAACCACAACUUUGCUUCAAUUUGUCGUCCAAGAAGUAGUCCGGGCCGAGGGAAAACGCUGCGCGCUUAACAGAAAUCGCAGCAUGAGUCGAACAAAUAGCCAAAACAUCAAUCCCGAAAACCAAAGUUCAGAUAAUUUAUUACAAGUUGAUAGAGAAAAGGAAUACAUGAUGUUAGGAUUGCCAGUGAUAGGUGGCCUAAGCUCCGAGUUUUCAAAUGUGAAGAAAGCAGCCACGUUAGACUAUGAUUCUCUAGUCAAAACAAGCUCGGGAUUAUCAUCUCAAAUGAUCGAAAUUCGGAAAAUAGUGGCGCAAUUUGAUCGCAACACAGAAUUUGCAAAGGAAAUGAAAAAUUUUGUAGAGGGGGCUGAAGAAGAAAUAAAAGCAGUAAAGGAAGAGCAAACAAGAAUUAUAGAACUUGUGAAGAAAACAACAGAUUAUUAUCAGGAGGGAUCUUCAAAAGAUAAACGGACAAAUCCACUUCAAUUAUUUGUCAUUGUUCGAGAUUUCCUAAGAAUGGUUGAUCAAGUUUGUGUUGAUAUUGCAAGAAAUGUUCAGAAGAGAAAACCUGCACCAUCUUCUGCAGGAUCACCAUCAUCCCCAGGAUCGCCUAGGGUGUAUAGGUUCCCGAAAUUGCCUGCCAAUUUCAUGUCGAACAAUUCUAAGAGUAGUUCAAGUGACUCGGAUAAUGAAUAA